AGCAGUUUUAGCUGUUUUUUGGACUUAAGCUCAGAGAUCAGCCUUGUUAGUAAGGUGGAGUGUGAAGUCUGGCAACGUCUCUGAAGCAGACCACUGGCAUUUCCCUUUAGGCUAUGAUGUACUGAGCAAAACAAAACUUCAGAUUUUAGAAACCCAACAAAUUUGAGUCACAGUAGUAAUGACGACCUUUGAUGACCUUCUGGAGGAGGUUGGGAGUUUUGGUCGCUGUCAGAGGCGUAUCUUCGCCCUCCUCUGUCUACUCUCGUUGCCCUUUUCAGGCGUGUAUGUUGGCAUCGUCUUCCAAGGGUUCACACCAGAUCACUGGUGUCGGGAUUCUGUGGUGGUGCAGAGGAGGGAGGCGUGCAGUUGGAGCCUGGCAGAUAGUCGCAGGCUGACGGUGCCUCUGGUCAACAGCUCUGGAGUCCUGCAGCCAAGCAGCUGUGAGCAGUAUGAGGUGGACUGGAACAGCACAGGACUUACCUGUGACACACAAGAACUGAACCUCAGUGGAGCCCCAGUCUCUUCAUGCAAGGAUGCCUGGGAGUAUGACUAUGAAGGGAGGAAGUCCUUUGUCACAGAGUUUGACCUGGUGUGUUCAGAUGGAUGGUUGGUGGACAUGUACCAGUGCACUCUCAAUGUGGGCUUCCUCGUUGGCAGCUUUGCUUUUGGAUACUUCGCUGACAGGUUUGGCAGGAAGAUCAGUUUCCUGAUGUCCAACAUAAUGAAUGCGAUCUCAGGGAUUGUGUUGGCAGUGAUUCCAAACUACAUUGCUAUCCUGGUGUUCAGGGCCAUCUUUGGCUUCGCAGUCAAAGGGGGAUGGAUGACCUGCUAUGUGCUGCUGACAGAGAUUGUUGGUGUGGAGUAUAGACGAACAGUGGGCAUAUUGUUCCAGAUGAUCUUCAGUGUUGGCGUCCUCAUCCUCCCUCUGCUCGCCUACUACAUCACUGACUGGCGCUGGCUGCAGGUUGUCAUUGCUGCACCCUACUUCCUCUUCCUGUCCUACUACUGGUUGAUCCCAGAAUCUCCACGAUGGCUCAUCUCCCAGAACAAUUCGUCCAAAGCUCUGGAAAUCACUGAAGCUAUGGCCAAGGAGAACAAGAGAAAACUCACCAAGAACUUUGAGACGCUGACUGAGGAUGUGGGUGACUCCUCCUCUGCCUCUUUGCUGGACCUGAUCCGAACUCCAAAUAUGAGGAAACACACUUUCAUCCUCAUGUUCAACUGGUUCACCAGUGCGGUGGUUUAUCAGGGCCUCAUCAUGCGGGUGGGGAUAGCGAGAGGAAACGUCUACAUCGACUUCCUUAUCUCCGGCCUGGUGGAGUUCCCCGCUGCCUUCCUCAUCCUCUUCACCAUCGAACGAAUUGGCCGACGUCUUCCCUUUGCCUUCGCCAAUAUCAUUGCUGGAGCCUCCUGCAUCAUCAGUGCCUUCAUCCCUGACAGUAUGUUCUGGUUUAAGACGGUGGUGGCCUGCAUCGGUCGGCUGGGUAUCACCAUGGCCUUUGAGAUGGUGGUAUUUGUGAACACUGAGCUCUACCCAACGUUUGUCAGGAACCUGGGCGUGUCGGUUUGCUCCACUCUGUGUGAUAUUGGAGGCAUGGUCUCUCCGUUCCUUCUCUACAGACUGGCCGCCAUCUGGCUGGAGCUGCCAUUAAUCAUCUUCGGAGUGGUAGCGUUCAUAGCUGGAGGUUUGGUCCUGCUGCUGCCUGAAACCAGAGGAGUUCCUCUCCCUGAAACGAUUGACGAUGUUGAGUUUCCUAACAGGAAAAAGGAGAAUCCACUGGAGACCCAACAGAUGUCGAAACUUUUAAAAUCAGACGUGACAAGCAACAAGGAAACAACAAGUGUGUGACUGUCGUCGUGUGGAUUCAUGUGCGUACCUGGGUUUUACCUGUGAAACAAUAUGUUGACAUCUGCUGAAAACAAAACAAUUGAAGUAGGUUUUUUAUACAUUUUCUAUAAAGCAUGACGUCCUUA